UUCAGUGAAACGGAAUUUCAUUACAAAGCUCAAGCUGAAAGCAAUUUCAUCAUCAUGUACUUUUCUAGUUAAUUCCUACCUUGUGUAUUUUCAAUUUUUUCAAUACAGUUGUUAGAAUAGUUUUUUACGGUUAUUUAAAAUGUUUUUCUUGUGUGUUUUGUGGUUGUUAUUCGCAGCUAAACAAUGUUAUUCACAAGUAGUGGUUGUUGAGACAAGUGACAUUUCAUAUCAAAUUGCGGGGAUAUUUGAGAAACAAGCGGUUACUCAACGACUUGCAUUCAAUGAAAGUAUGCGACAAAAUCAACUGAGUGCGCCAGACGUAUCGGCAAAUGAUGAAAAUGAAAAGAGAAUAAAAAACUGGAGACUUGAUCCCGUUAUACUCCAGCCAUCCAGAAGUGACAGCUACUCAGUAUGGAGACAUUUAUGUUCAGUCAAAUCAAUGCAACCAAUUGCCAUAUUCGGACCACAGAAUCCGAUAUUCGACGGAGCGAUCCGUGAUCAAUGUGCAAUGGCAAACAUUCCUCACAUCCAAGCGACCUGGCAACCCACAGAGCCAGAUAUCGAGGAAGAAACACCAGAUGUAAAUAAAGAUGAGAUCAAUACCGAACAAACACCAGUUUACAAAAAUAUUUCAAUAAAUUUCUACCCGCCUGCUGAUGAUAUUUCAUUCGCAUAUGCAAUGCUGUUGGAAUACUAUCGGUGGGACAACUUUGCUGUACUGUACGAAGAUGACUAUGGCUUAACAAGAAUACAGAAGAUUUUAGCCGAAUAUAGCAACAAAUACCCAAUAACUGUUCGACGGCUGAACCCUAAUACAGACAAUUUCAAGAUAUUUAAGGAGCUGAGCGAGUUUAAGGAAUACCGCGUGGUUCUGGACUGUCAUGUGGACCAUCUGGUCAAGUAUCUGACUGAAGCCCGCAGUGUUAACAUGGUGAAUCAUUAUCAGCAUUACGUGUUGACAUCCAUGGAUGCUUCAAUGGUAGCAAAAGACCUAACACAGUUUCAAUCAAACAUAACAUGGCUCAGUAUCACAGACUUUGAAACUCUCCAAGAUGCACAGCAUUUCCUAGCUCCAAGAGUUGGUAAAUGGACCAGCGAGACGACACAACUGGACUCUCCGCCUGUCAGCGAUAUAGAGACUGAAGCACUUCUCAUGAAUGAUAUUGCCAGUCAUGUCCUGAAGGCGUUACAAAAAGUCGGUGACAUUGAGGAUAUUACGAAACCAGAUGAAGAGUUGUGUAAAAACAGAGAACCGUGGUCUGUGGGCGCCUUGCUCCAAAAUGAAAUAUUGAAGAUGCAAUCUACUGGAGUGACUGGGAAUAUAGAGUUUAAUGAGUUUGGACACAGAGUUAACUACACAUUGUACGUUAAUGAAAUCCAUCUGUCCAAGAAUCCGGCUAUCAUUGGCACGUGGAGGUCUGACACUAGAGGAGAAAUUGUUGUGGAUCGACCAUCAUCAGAACUGCUGAACCAGCAGCAGACCAGUAAACAUUUCAUUAUAAUUUCACGGAAAGCCAAGCCUUAUUUCUACGACAAGACAAAGUGUCCCGAAGGAGACGAAACAUGUGUUGAAGAAGACGCCGAUCCUAAAUACGAGGGUUUCUCGGUAGAUCUAGUGAAGCACAUAUUCGACACCCUGAGGAAACAUAAUUUCAACUACACAUACUCAUUCUUCCACGACAAAGACAAGAGCUACGGUAAAUACGACCCUGAAAUGAAGAAAUGGGAUGGCCUGAUUGGAGAUUUACUCGAUAAGAAAGCAGAUUUGGCUGUUUGCGAUUUGACAAUAACUCAAGAAAGAAAAGAGGUUGUUGAUUUUUCUGUUCCAUUCAUGUCCUUGGGCAUCAGUAUUCUGUAUACGAAGGAGAGAAAGAUACCACCAGCUAUGUUUUCUUUCCUAAAUCCAUAUACAUUUGAUGUAUGGAUGUAUACUGCCACGGCCUACUGUCUUGUCUCAAUAGUCCUCUUCGUAUGCUCAAGAAUAUCGCCAGCUGACUGGGAGAAUCCUCAGCCAUGUGACAAGGAACCUGAGGAGUUGGAGAAUAUUUGGAACUUCAAGAACUGUGCGUGGCUUACGAUGGGUUCCAUAAUGACUCAGGGGUGUGAUAUAUUACCGAAAGCGAUCGGAUCGCGUUGGGUGUGCGCCAUGUGGUGGUUUUUCGCAGUGAUUGUGUGUCAAACAUACAUUGCGCAGCUGUCUGCCUCAAUGACAACAGCAAUGGAGAGCGAUCCAAUCGAUAGUGUGGAGAAUUUGGCGAAACAACAGAAAGUAUUGUACGGAGCCCUUCGGGGUGGAUCUACACUCGACUUUUUCAAAGGAUCAAAAGACAAAACAUUUCGGCGAAUGUACGAGAAUAUGAUAGCGAACCCCGUUGUUCUAGUCACAAGUAAUGACGAGGGAGAAAGAAGAGUGGACAAAGGAGAUGGAAAAUAUGCCUUCUUCAUGGAGUCGUGUACUAUAGAAUACAAAUUGAAACGAAACUGUAACCUAAAGAAAGUCGGCGGGGAACUAGACUCCAAAGACUACGGCAUUGCUAUGCCCGCGAACUCACCCUUCCGUACGCACAUUAAUCAAGCCAUAUUGGAGUUGAAAGAGCUAACGAUUUUAGACAAAAUCAAAAGGAAAUGGUGGGAAGAUAAAUAUGGUGCAAAUCAAUGCGAAGGAACAACAGAUGAAAAUGAUGUGGAAGGUGAUUUAGAGAUGGAUAAUCUAAUGGGAGCUUUCUUAGUCUUGAUUCUUGGUCUGGUCGUUUCAUUGUUCAUAACGGCUGCAGAAUUCUUCAACGAAGUCAGAAAUAUAGUUGUUCGUGAACAGGUGUCUCACAAGGAGGUGUUCAUUAAAGAACUAAAGGCAUCGUUGAACUUCUUCCAACUACAGAAGCCAGUUCUGCGUAACCCGAGUCGCGCACCAUCUGUCACCUCUACAGAGAGCGCAAAAAAUAACACGAAACGCGCGGCUAAUAUUGAAAACUUUAUAGAAUUCGAAAAAGAGGUUCAAUAACUUGAUGUUGUUAUUUUUAUAUAUUGUCGUAGUGUUUCUGUAUUAAAUUGCCGUAUUUAUUUGUGAAAAUGUUUUUAUAGUUAUUUUUUAUUAAUAAACAAACAAAUAAAUGGGAAA